AUGAUGUUCUCCCGAACCCUAGCAGCUACGGCUGCGCUCUUCCUGGCCGGCUGCUCCGCGGCCCCAACGCAGCAGCUCUACCCAUCUCCCCAGCGCAGAGCCACCACUCUCUCAGAGAGCAUCGCCCCGGCAUACAACGUCUCGCUGUACUACGCGGCCACGAACUCUUCCGCAGCGGCCACUCUGAACGCGCAGAUGAAGCUCCCCACCGUCGUGCUCGAUGACAUCUCCACGAUCUCCUCGGUGGAAUGCACGGACUCGGACGUUUCAAUCACCUUCUCCAGCAGCAGCGCCUACGAGCAGAGCGUGUCGGACUGGUCGGCAUCCGACCUCGUUCUCCUCACAAACAACAUCGAGUCGUGCUCCUCCGUCAACUCGGGUGGUGUAUACUCCGUCAGUGCGCUGUCAAACGACAGCACCAGCCUGACCAUCACUGCCUCAGCCACUGCGAGCUCUUUCCAGGAUGAGGCAGAGCUGCUGUCUAUCGUGUUCAGUUGCACGGCAGCCGCAUCCAAUAAGCGCGACGUGGUGGUCACGCUGUCGGACGAAUGGUCCGGCGAGCUGGUCAACAUAACCGAUCUGACUAUCGACGUGAAUGAUGUCGACCUCAGCACCACGAUCGAUCUCAGCGGCGGGGUGGAUAUCGAUCUGACUGAUCUCACUGCGACCACGCUGUACCUGGAACUCGAUCUCAGUCUGUAUGCGGAUGUGAGCGUCACCGCGGAGGCAAAGGCGUCGUAUUCCACCGAUCUGUGGAGUUAUACCUUCGACGCGCUGGAUGUGUCUGCCCUUGACAUCGCCGGCAUCCUCACCAUCGGACCAUCUCUCACUUUCGGGGUCGGUGUUGAGUUCGCUAUCUCCGGCGAAGCGACCGCCACUGCCGAUGUAUCGGCGCAGAUUGCAGACGGGAAGGUCUACCUCGAUCUGCUCGACAGCAGCAAGUCGACUACGUCUGGUUGGACGCCCACGUACGGCGCGUCGGCGAAUUUGUCGGCGGAGGUGGAUGCGGAGCUGAAUCCGUUUGCGGAUGUCGAUUUGUCGAUUGGGGUUAAUGUGCUUGAUGGGCUGAUUGAUCUCACAGCGGGGAUUGAGGCCAAGGCGGAGAUCGUGAAUGAGUUCUCGGUUGAUGGGGACCUGGAUCUGAGUACCAGCACUGGGGUGACGUUCUCCCAGGGGAGUGGGGACUGCGUGAAUGGGUACUGGUUUGCGAGUGACUUUGUCUUUGAUGUUGAGGCGUCCGUGACCGAUCUUUUUGAUGAUACGUUGUACACGGUGACGGUCCCGAUUUAUGAUACUGAGUGUAUUGCGUUUUGA